CGGCCUCACAAAAUUUGGUUGGUCAGAGUUGCAGCCAAACCCAAGCACAGCCCAGCCGGCCACGAGAAGAAGAAGAAGAAAACUCAAAGCCAAAGAGGAACAGAGCAGUUCAACACCACCUCUUCUUUCUCCUCCUGCCACUUGGACUUACUUCUCGCUUGAUUCUUAUAUACCACCACGGUAACACCCCGGAUCGACCAAGAAAGCACCGACUAGCUACCUGUUCCAUCCAUAAUCCAUUGGGUUGCCUAGAUUGAAGAGGACCGACCAGAGAGCAGAAUUAAUGGCGGGAGUCCAGGUGAUGCCGGCGGCCGUGGACGUGCGUGCGGAGGGCGGCAAGGCCAUGGCGAGGCGCGUGGGGGGCAGCAGCAGCACGAGCCUGUUCGCUGGGGACUGGAGGCGGCGGCGGCCGGCGUGCACCGUCAGGCUCAGGCAGUGCCGCCGGGCCAGGAGGGGCGGCCUCGCCAUCGUCAGCAACCUCGGCGGCCAGUACGAGGUUGGAUUUGGGGACGUCGACCUGCAACUGAUGAAUUACUUCACCUACAAAGCCGUGAGGACCGUGCUGACCCAGCUCUACGAGAUGAACCCACCCAGCUACCGCUGGUUGUACAACUUCGUUGCUGUAAACAAGCCUACUGACGGCAAGCUCUUCCUCCGCGCUCUUGGAAAGGAGAGGCAGGAGCUUGCGGAGCGCGUGAUGGUAACCAGGCUUCAUCUGUACGGGAAAUGGAUCAAGAAAUGCGACCACGCCAAGAUGUACGAGAAGAUAUCUGAAGAGAACCUGGAGCUGAUGCGGGAGCGGCUCUUGGAGACGGUCAUCUGGCCCACGGACGACACCAACACGGAGAAGAUUGGCUGAUGCUGCGGUCCUGUGUAAUUCCAGUUUGCUGAACUUUUAAUUAGCUCGUCGAUCAAUUAGGAUUGUGCAUGCAGGAUCGAUCGAGUCAGCUGAGAUGUGUGUAUAUGAUCUAGCGCAGAGUACAUGUGUUAAUUGUUCUGUCUUUUGCUGAAGAUACUGAAUGUGAAAGUGUAUAAUGUAUACUACGCCUGUUGAUACGUUAGUUAAUGGGAUUGCCUACGGUUCAGUCGGCUGAGAAAUAUGAUUUCUCAGUCGACCGGCCAGGCACAUGCGUGCGUGCGUGUGUGAGUCCCAAUCGGUGCAUGUGCGUGCGUGCAUGCAGCAUGCUUGUGUGUGUGAGUCCCGAUUGGUGCAUGUGUGUAUGUGUGUCACUGUGCGUGACGGUAACAUAAAUUAAGUCCUCAGUUAUAUGUU